GGCAAGAUGGUGCUCCAGUUCGAAGGUGCAGUUAAUAAUAUCAGUGAGGUGCAGCUGGCUUUCAUUCGCGACGUCCUAGAAAAAAGAGGAUAUAAAGAUAACAAAGUAACUAUUGAAGCAGUCGGUAAAGCUGGAGACAACUAUAUAGCCAAUGUUAAAAGAGUCAUUGCCAAAAACGAACAUGGAGAAUUUAGAAUGAUUGCCAAAAUUGCGUCACAACAUGAAGACUUAAGACUCUCCGCAUCUAUAGAACAAAAUUUCAGAAGCGAACACAUUUUUUAUACUUUGGUCCUUCCUAAAUAUCAACAGUUUGAAGAACAAGCAGAUUUACAUAAAAAUGACAGACUGAGAUUUGCAGAGUGUUACGGAUCAUUACCCGAGCCACCGCAUGAAGUGAUCCUUUUGGAAGACUUGAAUGUAGCAGGCUUCAGCAUGUUGGAUAGAUUCACGCCACUAUCAGAUCAAUGCAUCAGGUCAGUGUUGAGAAACCUUGCCAUUCUGCAUUCUCUUUCCUUUGCACUUAAAUAUAAAGAACCAGAAACAUUCAAUGAAUACAGAAGGCGUCUUGUUGAUACCUCAACGAAAGUAGAAGAACGCCCAGAGAUAAUGUAUUUCAUAACACAUAUGGAAAAAACAGCCGCUAAGUUGGUCGACGGAGAUGUGAGAAAAAGGCAUAUAAACAAAUGUGUUAGCUAUACUACGGUGCAGGCAGGCAAGGUGUUUAAAGAGAUCGCAGGUUCGAAACACUCCGUCAUCCAGCAAGGAGAUGCUUGGACUAACAACAUAUUAUUUAAAUUUAUUGGAGAUUCAGUCGAAUCAGUGAUGAUAGACUACCAAAUGGUUAAAGAAAACAACCCAACGAACGAUCUCAUGUUCAUGAUCUUCGCCUGCAGCGACCACGAAGGCCGGAUGAAACAUUUCAACGACUGGCUCGACUACUACCACUCGGAGUUAGACAAAAGGCUCCACGACUUUGGUCUGAAAGCCAACUACGUGUACCCUAGAGACCAGUUAGACGCUGACUUGAAGAGAUACGCCAAGCAUAUGCUCGGCGCAUUAGUUAUGUCAGCGACUAUGAGCGCAAUGCAGCCUUCCAAUGCUGAGAAAAUUAAGGAUUCUAUGGAAGAAUUUCACAAACCUACAAACCAAGAAGAAAUAGACGCUGCUAUGAACGAAUUCUUUACAUUCGAUGAUAGAUAUACGGAAAUAUACAAGAAGAAAUUAGAAGGAAUUAUUGACAGUUUUAUUAAGCUUGGACUGUUGAAAAACAUGUAAAUUUUUAAUUAAAGAUAUUUAUUUCUAAUACGUAAUUAAACCGUGUAUUGAAUAAUAAAAUUACAAAUAAUAACAAUUUGGUAUACCUAUUA